CGCAAGCCUGUUGGGGGAUAAUUUGAUCUCUCUCUUAAAUUAAACAUAAAACUGAAGAAUUCCAACUCCGUAUCUCUCUCAAAUGUUAUGAUGUUUAGAGAAGCAAAACUUGUGGCGUUAGCGCUCUUCCACACUUUCUUGCUUGCAAUUUGUGCUGCUAAUGGAAACCAGACUUGCAGACCCUCUUCUUGUGGAGAGAUUCAAAACAUCAGCAACCCUUUCCGAUUGAAAGGUGAUCCAUCUGGGUGUGGUGAUCCUGACUAUGAAUUGGUCUGCGAAAACAAUCGUACUAUGGUAAACGUCCGGGAGGGUGAGAAAUACUAUGUUGCUGAUAUCAACUACGAUCACUCUACCAUUCGGGUAGUGGAUCCUGGGGUCGAAAAGGGCAACUGUCUCUCAACUCCUCUGUAUUCCUAUCACUACAUCUGGGGUACAUAUGAUACAAAUUGGGAGGAAGUGACCAAUACAACGGUUUUGAUGAACUGCGAGCAGCCAAUAAGUGAUGGCAACUAUAUUCCUAUCACUCCUUGCAACAGAAGCAAUGUGACUUCAUCUUCCUCACAAGCAUAUGUUUAUGCACUAGUCGGACGAAAAUCCAUGGGUGUGGGAGAUAUUAAGUAUUCAUGCACCAUCCUCAGGACUAUUGCUACUCGAUUCUUGAAGCCCGGCAAUCUUUCAAAGUCAGAUUUGCAAGAAGUGCUGCUUCUGGGGCUUGAUCUUUCAUUUUUGAGCUUCCGCUGCAAAAGCGAAUGCAAGGUGAAAGGGCUACACUGCGAGCGGAAUUAUAGCAAUUAUACCGUACAGUGCACCAAACGUCGGAACUUUCUGACAUGGUGCUUUCUCUAUAUCAGAUAUACAUUACACGUGGACUACUUUAUCCAAAACUUCGGAUAUCUUUUGGAUGGAGACAUAAUUGCUGGGACAAUCUUGAUAUUUCAACUCAUGGUCAUGAUCAUCAUCGGACGAGCUGUGAUUGGUAUUUUGUGCCUCUUUGCCUAUUUAAUUUACAAGUUUCGACGGAGACACUUAUCAUUAGAUGAUGAUAUUGAAGAAUUCCUACAUAACUACCAAAAUCUUCGACCAAUCAAAUACACAUAUUCAGACAUAAAGAAGAUGACUUAUAAUUUUAAGCAUAAAUUGGGUCAAGGAGGUUUUGGCUCUGUGUACAAAGGAAAACUCCGAAGUGGCCGCAUUGUAGCUGUAAAAAUGUUGGUUAUGUCAAAGGCUAAUGGGCAAGAUUUUAUCAAUGAAGUUGCUACAAUUGGAAGAAUUCAUCAUGUUAAUGUGGUGAGACUUGUUGGAUUUUGCAUACAGAGAUCAAAAUGGGCCCUUAUAUAUGACUACAUGCCCAAUGGAUCUCUUGAUAAGUUUGUUUUUCUUGAUCAAGGAAACAACAUUCCUUUGAGUUGGGAAAGAUUAUACAAGAUUGCACUUGGAGUAGGACGUGGGAUCGAAUACUUACAUCAAGGGUGUGAUAUGCAAAUUCUUCAUUUUGAUAUCAAGCCACACAACAUUCUUCUUGAUGAAGACUUCACUCCAAAAGUUUCAGAUUUCGGUCUUGCAAAAUUAUACUCAACAGAUGAAAGUAUUGUAUCAGUCACUGCUGCUAGAGGAACCUUGGGCUACAUUGCUCCUGAAUUGUUCUACAAAAACAUUGGAGGUGUAUCAUUUAAGGCUGAUGUUUAUAGUUUUGGAAUGUUGUUAUUGGAAAUGGUGGGGAAAAGGAAGAAUGUGAAUGCAUUUGCAGAGCAUUCAAGUCAAAUAUAUUUCCCAUCAUGGAUUUAUGAUAGAUAUGAUCAAGGAGAGGACAUGGAAAUGGGAGAUGCCACUGAGGAUGAAAAAAAGUAUGUAAGAAAAAUGGUGAUAGUUGCGCUAUGGUGUGUACAAAUGAAGCCUGUGGAUCGUCCUUCAAUGAGCAAAACAUUGGAGAUGCUUGAAGGAGAGAUUGAACUAUUGAAAAUGCCUCCUAAGCCAACUCUAUGGUCUAUCGAGAAUCAUGAGCAAUCCAUGGUAGAGUUACCAAUUUCAUCAUCCAAUUCCAUGGGUACAAUAAGCUUAAAUGGAAGGUAGUCCUACUCCAUCUAAUUGCUUAUUUUGUAAUCCAAUAAUAAUGUGUGAUUGUGUCUUAUGUGUAAGGUUUCUAUGAGAUCAGUGUAUGUAAUAAAAUAGAGUUUCUUCUUCAAACAAUAGUUUGGUUCCUUGUAAGUAAGGUUGUG